ACGAUCUCGUCCGGCGUUCGGAUGGUGAAGUCAGUCAGGCACAGACAGCGCAACGAGCCACACCGCAUCUCGUCCUCGUUCUCGUCUUCGCCAUCGCCUUCGCCUCCGUUUCAUCUUUCUUAUCGAGAUUGCGAACUUAGAUACACAGAUAUUCGAACUGCAACUAAUCGGUUAAUCAGCAAACUAGCAACGCUUACUUAUGACUUUGACAAAGUGCGCAGCCAUUGCCCAGAACUAAAGUGAUAAUCAAGUGAUAUACGAACUUCAAGACUGAGUUAACGCCGGUUUUGCGCCGGGACAGCUUUACGCAUCUUGGAGCUCCAGAAACUAUGACCGUAACCGCCUUUGCUGCCGCAAUGCACAGACCCUUCUUCAAUGGAUAUUCUACCAUGCAAGACAUGAACAGCGGCCAGGGGCGCGUCAAUCAACUAGGUGGAGUUUUCAUCAACGGUCGUCCUUUGCCCAACAACAUCCGUCUCAAGAUCGUCGAGAUGGCCGCCGAUGGCAUUCGGCCCUGUGUGAUCUCCAGACAGCUGCGCGUGUCCCACGGAUGCGUAUCGAAGAUCCUGAAUCGCUAUCAGGAGACUGGCUCCAUCAGACCAGGAGUGAUCGGUGGCUCCAAGCCGAGGAUUGCCACGCCCGAGAUCGAGAACCGCAUUGAGGAGUACAAGCGCAGCAGCCCGGGCAUGUUCUCGUGGGAGAUCAGGGAGAAGCUGAUCCGCGAGGGAGUCUGCGACAGGAGCACAGCACCCUCUGUCUCCGCCAUAUCGCGCCUGGUGCGUGGCCGAGAUGCUCCACUGGACACCGAUUUGUCCUCUGCCUCCGGAUCUCCGGGGGGUGAUGGCACCAAGGCGUCCAGCUCCUGCGGCUCGGAUGUCUCCGGCGGCCAUCACAACAACGGCAAGCCCUCCGACGAGGACAUCUCCGACUGUGAAAGUGAGCCGGGCAUCGCCCUGAAGCGCAAGCAACGCCGCUGCCGGACCACCUUCUCCGCCUCCCAGUUGGACGAACUGGAGCGCGCCUUCGAGCGCACCCAGUAUCCCGAUAUCUACACCCGUGAGGAGCUGGCCCAGCGCACCAAUCUCACGGAGGCACGCAUCCAGGUGUGGUUCAGCAAUCGGCGUGCUCGUCUCCGCAAGCAGCACACCUCGGUCUCCGGCGGAGCUGCCGGUGGAGCAGCUGCCUCAGUGAGCCAUGUGGCCACAUCCAGCUCCCUGCCCAGCGUGGUAUCAAGCGUGCCCAGCAUGGCUCCGCUGGCCAUGAUGCCGGGCUCCCUGGAUCCAGCCACCGUGUACCAGCAGCAGUACGAUUUCUACGGCAGCCACGCCAACAUUUCCGUAUCCGCCGCAGCUCCCAUGGCCAGCAGCAACCUGUCGCCCGGAAUCACCACCACUCCACCGCACCACCAUCAGUUCUACAAUCCCAGCGCUAACACAGCCAGCUACAUAAUGCCGGGGGAGAAUGGCAACACCACACCCACCGGAAACAUCAUCGUCUCCAGCUAUGAGACGCAGUUGGGUUCCGUAUACGGCACCGAAACGGAAGCCCACCAAACUAUGCCACGUAACGAGAGCCCCAACGAGUCCGUGUCCUCCGCCUUCGGCCAGCUGCCACCCACGCCCAACAGCCUGUCCGCCGUGGUGAGUGGAGCUGGAGUGACCUCCAGUGGGGCCAACUCGGGAGCCGAUGCCUCGCAGUCGCUGGCCAAUGCCAGUGCUGGAAGUGAGGAGCUUUCGGCUGCCCUGAAGGUGGAAUCGCUGGACCUGGUCGCGGCCAGUCAGUCGCAGUUGUACGGCGGAUGGAGCUCCAUGCAUGCACUGCGCCCCAAUGCGCCCCUUUCGCCGGAGGACUCGCUGAACUCCACCAGUUCGACCAGCCAGGCUCUGGAUGUCACCUCCCACCAGAUGUUCCAUCCGUAUCAGCACACGCCGCAGUACGCCUCCUAUCCCGCACCCGGCCACGCCCACUCGCAUCACGGACAUCCCCAUGCGCCGCAUCCGCACGCACAUCCGCAUCCGCAUGCGCAGUACGCGGGCGCACAUCCGCACUAUCCGCCGCCCAGUUCGUCGGCGCACUUCAUGCCGCAGAACUUCAAUGCCGCCGCCUUCCCUUCGCCCUCGAAGGUCAACUACACAACGAUGCCGCCACAGCCGUUCUACCCCACCUGGUACUAGAAUCGGAGAUCCUCCUACGGAUCCUCCACCUCCUCCUCCAGGAGAAGGAGCAGGAGCAGGUGUCACCAGAUCCCUGGUGACAAGUCGCCAAAGAUGUACAUAUAGAGCAGGGGACGAAAAUAAAAAUAACAUUAUAUUUGUGUGGAGCAGUACAGACAUUUUCCGUUUGGGAAAACCGCUGACAGACUCGCUCCCACACAACAUAGUUCCAAUUCGUAGACCUAAGCCUAGGAAAUAGCACCAAGUUAAGAUUAGAGUUUAAGAUGAGUAGCCUAAGUAGCAAGUGCCUUUAAAUAAAACUAUCUAUGCUAAUUUACACCGUA